GAGACACUGGGACUGUGAGGAGAAGACAGAGACAGGUACCAUGCAGCAGGAGGAGCCCCGGGGCUGACACAGCCAGGUGGUGUCGCGCGUUAUUUGCCCUAAUUUUUGGGACUUUUCGCUAAAAGUAUGGAGAACGAGCAGCAGACGUCCCAAUCCUCCAGCAGCAGCACCAAUGGGCGCCAGUCCACUGCCUCGUUACCGGUAUACAGCGGGAUCCCGGACCGGCAGACUGUGCAGGUGAUCCAGCAGGCUCUGCAUCGGCAGCCUAGCACAGCAGCGCAGUACCUGCAGCAGAUGUACGCAGCGCAGCAACAGCACCUCAUGCUGCAGACGGCAGCGCUACAGCAGCAGCAGCACCUGAGCAGCUCCCAGCUCCAGAGCCUGGCCGCUGUGCAGCAGGCCGGAUUGGCCGCCAGCCGUCAGGGGACUCCGUCUGUGACUAAUGUGUCUCAGCAGACCCCAUCUCAGCCCACCACGAUUAACCUAACGACGUCCCCCCAAAUCAUCGGCCGCGCACAGACUGUAAGCUCCACAGCCUCGUCGGGCAUCACACAACAAGCGGUGCUGCUGGGAAAUGCCACGUCGCCCGCUCUCACGGCUAGCCAGGCUCAGAUGUACCUGCGCGCACAGAUGCUCAUCUUUACUCCCACGGCCACGGUGACAAGCGUCCAGUCCGAGGUCAGUGCUGGAGCCCCCACCCAGCCCCCUCUGAGUGGCGCUCAGGUUCAGAAGCUGGCUUUACGUGGCAAGCAAGGGACGCCGCUCGGCCAGUCACACCUUCCUAGCCUUGCCAUGAAGCCGGCCACAGGCAGUCUGAGCCUUCAGACCACAAGCACCACAUCUAACCCAAAACCAGCAGCGCAUGUUCUCCUGCAAGCAGCACGGGUGGGCACUGAUGACUCUUCAGACGGCUAUAAGAAGGUGGAGAACCAGGGCAUGGAGAGCCGAGGAACAACGAACGGCAGGGCGAUGGUUCCAGUCACCACGCACAGCAUUGUUUCUCCAGCUUACACGCAUCAGCUGGUGCAGCAGCAUCAGAAGCAAGUCCAGCAUCAGCUUGUGAUCCAGCAGCAGUUCCAGCCCAGGCCAGGCCUUCUCCCUCUCUCCCAAAUCAGUUCCCCUCUCCAGACGCAGGCGUCCCAGUCCCUCACUGCCCUGACGGUCACCUCCCAGGCCCAGCAGGAACCCGCAUCAGUCGGUGUGGAGUCCGUCGGCCAGAAGUCCAGCUUGGCUGCUCAGACAUCUGCUCCUCAACCCUUGGCGAGGCCGUUCCAUGAAGGGCAGGAGCCCACAGCAUCGAGCAGGACUCUCUCACAGAACCCUGUAGUCCUCCACGUACAAGCACCCACUGCUACGGAAACCUUCCGGAAACAUAAUGCUGUCCCGCAGAGAAACAUGUCUUCUGCACAGGUGCUGUCUCAAGGUGCACUACCGCCACAGGUUGCCUCCAUCACAGGGACCCCGGAGCAUAACGGACCCCUGCCACAUGACUCCGGGCGGACGGCUCAUCCAGACCCACGCAGUCAUCCCAACUCGGACAUGACCUCGGGGACCGGCUCCUCUCCCGUACCGGCCGCGGCCACUGGCACCACUCCUCAGAACGGUGAGAACAAACUGCCGCAGGCCGUGGUCAAACCCCAAAUCCUCACCCACGUCAUUGAAGGCUUCGUGAUCCAGGAGGGAGCUCAGCCCUUCCCGUCACUCAGGAGCAGAGCCGUCCUAGAGGUGGGACGAUCCUCGCUGCUUCUGCCUGAAAAGCUUCCCCAGCAGGACACGACGACCACUGACUCCGAGAUGGAGGAGAACUUUGUGCCGGAACACAAAGAAGAUGGGGAACCUCCCAAGCUGAAGUGUGAGCUCUGUGGUCGAGUAGACUUUGAGUACAAGUUUAAGCGUUCUAAGAGGUUCUGCUCCAUGGCGUGUGCGAAAAGGUACAACGUGGGCUGCACCAAACGGGUCGGCCUCUUCCACCCCGACCGCAGCAAACUGCAGAAAACCGGGGGGCCAAAGCAUGGACGCAGGAGGUCACGGAAAGUAGGCUCCAAUAAUCAGAACAUGGACCCAAAAAAGCAGUUGUCCGGAUCCAUCACUCCCCUGAGCUCAGUGCCUUUACCUGGUUCCUCCAGCCUAAAACACAGAAACAGCCAAGAGGACUCGGAUAACUCCAGCUACGAGGAGCCUCUGUCCCCCGUCUCGGCCAGUUCCUCCCUGUCCCAGCAGCGCGAGCGAGGGACGGAUUUGGAGCUGCCCAGAUUACCCAGCGAGGAGCUGCUGUCUCUAAACCAAAACUUCCUUCCCAGCGACCCCACCAAGUGGAAAGUGGAAGAUGUUUGUGAGUUCAUUCGCUCUUUGCCAGGCUGCCAGGAGAUAUCUGAAGAGUUCCGGGCGCAGGAGAUUGACGGCCAAGCUCUCCUGCUCCUCCGUGAGGACCAUCUGAUGAGCGCCAUGAACAUUAAGCUGGGUCCAGCUCUAAAGAUCUACGCCAGGAUCAGCACUCUCAAAGACUCGUAGCG